CUACUGCGUCACUGCCCCUCCAUGCAGACCCACGGGAGGGCAUCCCACGUCUCACUGCCGACGAGGCACCUCGCGGAGCUGGUGUUUGGUCAAGAGCUUCUUUUACCGUAUCGUCUCCUCUCCUUGUCUCCAGUGUAUCUUCGUCCAGAUUCUUCGACUUCUUGUGUCACUGUCCUCGACGUCACCCCAUUCACGCUUGGCAAACGGCUCAGCAGUCCAGAUAGAAAGUCCCCUUUUUCCGUUAGAAUUCGACACGUUUCUGGCAAACGCGUGAACUUCGCUCGGAAGAGGCCUAGCUUGAGCCAACCAUGUCGGUCACGAUCGACAAGAUCCUCGCCGCCGCCCCGGCCACCACGAGAGGCCAGCCCACGCAGCUGUCGUGCGACGCCAAGGGGGAGCGGAUAGCAUAUGCCUCUGGCAAAUCUAUCUUUGUCCGGUCCAUCGACAACCCCGAAGUAUGCAAGCAGUAUGUCGGACACACAGCCUCGACGACCGUCGCCCGCUUCUCGCCGAGCGGGUUUUACGUUGCCAGCGGUGACGUCUCGGGCCAGGUCCGUGUUUGGGACGCGGUAGAGGCGGUCAACACGAAAGGCGAAUACCACAUCAUCUCGGGCCGCAUCAACGACGUCGCCUGGGACGGCGACUCGCAGCGCAUAAUCGCCGUGGGCGACGGCCGCGAGCGCUUCGGCCACUGCAUCACGGCCGACUCGGGCAACAGCGUCGGCGAGGUGUCGGGCCACUCAAAGGUGGUCAACGCCGUCGCCAUCCGCCAGCAGCGGCCCCUGCGCGCCGCCACCGUCUCCGACGACGGCUCAAUGUGCUUCCUCCACGGCGCCCCCUUCAAGUUCGCCGCCAAGGCCUCGGGCCUGCACACGGGCUUCGUGCUGGGCACCGCCUUCUCGCCCGACGGCGCCCUCCUCGUCACCGUCGGCGCCGACAAGCGCGUCCACCUGUACGACGGCAAGACGGGCGAGCACAAGGGCGAGGUCGGGGCCGGCGCGGACCACACGGGGAGCAUAUUUGCCGUCGCGUGGGCGCCCGACUCCAAGCGUUUCGUCACGGCCAGCGCGGACCAGACGGUGCGCGUCUGGGACGCCGAGGCCGGCAAGGUCACGCACACUUGGCGUCUUGGCCCCGCCGACGGCUCCUCCAGCGUGCCAGACCAGCAGGUAGGCGUGGCCUGGCCCGCAGGACGGACCGACGGCCUCAUAAUCUCGCUCAGCUUGUCAGGCGACCUCAACUACCUUGUCGAGUCCAGCGAGAAGCCCAUCAGGGUUGUGCAGGGCCACAACAAGAGCAUCACGGCGAUGGGAUGCGAGUCCGACAAGAACUUGUGGACGGGCAGCUUUGACGGAAGGGUGUGCCGGUGGGAGGUAGCCGCAGGCAAGAGCGACGUCGUCGACAAGAGCUCGCACACGAACCAGGUAACCGGGUUCGCCGAGGUUUCGGGCAAAGUCUUCAGUGUCGGCUGGGACGAUCAGCUGCGGACUGCCGACGGCUCCGGCGCAUUACCGGCCGCCCUCGGCGCGCAGCCACACGGGGUGGCCGCUUCGAGCAAAGCCCUGGUUGUGGCUCUCGCAGACGGCGUCGUAGUGUACAGCCCUACCGGAGAGCUCGCCAGCAAGCUGGAGACCAAAUUCACACCGACAGCGAUCGCGGCACACGAGUCGCUGGUGGCGGUCGGCGGCGCGGACGGCAACGCCGUGGUCGUGUACAAGCUGGGCAGCGACAACAAGCUCGUCGAGGCCGAGACGCUGACCAAGUCGGCGGCGCAGGUGACGGCGCUCGCCUUCUCCCCGGACGGCAAGGCCCUGGCGGCUGGCAACUCGUCGGGCAAGAUCAUCGCGUACUCGACGGCGGCCGGGUGGGAGGUGCUCACGGACCGGUGGUCGGCGCACACGGCGCGCGUCACCGCCAUCGCCUGGAACGCGGCCGGCACGCACGCCGUCAGCGGCGCGCUCGACACGAACGUCCACCUUUGGAGCCUGGCGAAACCCGGGGCCAGAGUCAAGGCCCCCAACGCGCACAAGGAUGGCGUCAACGGCGUGGCCUGGGUUCAGGGCGACCAGAAGGUCGCUAGCGCUGGUGCUGAUGGAGCGAUCAAAAUCUGGGAUAUCUCGGGUCUCCAAUGAUUGUGGAAGGAAGGGUUUACUGAAACGAAAAGAGCUUAUGUUUCCACUCUUGCUGUCAUUUUGAGGCCAACAAUCCGUCAAGAUUAGCGUGACUUUUGUGAAUUUCCUUUUUCCACGCACGCCAAAGCAAGAAGCUUCCCAGGUUUGGGUUUAUCGAGUUCCGGACGGAGCAGGCACAUCACAUCACAAUAUCACUUGCGAACAGGGGUGGUGUACGUUUCCUAUCACCGUAGAGUGUAACGAACGUUGGGCUCCACCGAAGGGAAGAUACAACGCAGAUGCAUGAAAUGAACGAAAAUGACAACCAGACUCCUGAUUGAUAACGUGAUACCAAGGCCGAGUCAAAAAAAAGAGCAGGA